AUGGACGGCCUAGCAGCUCCGCAGGGAGGCCUCUCGGGGUCCCAGCAGGUCCGCGCGAUGUUCUAUGUCCUGCAGCCCAAUGAAAGCUCCUUCGCCAGCCUCGAGGAGGUGCCCGAUUAUGUGAAUAAGGCUACGCCGCUUUUCGUUGUCUUGAUGCUGUUGGAGUUUGUUGUCAGUUGGGUUUGGAGGCAUCAGGCACCAGGGCGGAUCAAUGAUAGCAUAACUUCUCUCUCUGCAGGAGUCCUGUCUCGACUUCCAGAUGUUGUGUCCAGAAGCCUCGAGUUAACUACCUACAUCUAUGUGUGGGAUAACUACAGACUCUUUGAACUGCUGUGGGACUCACCAUGGACAUGGUAUUUGACAUUCCUAGGAGUAGACUUUGGAUACUACUGGUUCCAUCGCAUGGCCCAUGAGGUUAAUAUAUUGUGGGCAGCACACCAAGUACAUCAUAGUUCUGAAGCUUAUAACUUAUCCACAGCACUGAGACAAUCUGUACUGCAGAGAUACACUUCUUGGGUUUUCUACUUGCCUAUGGCUCUUUUUAUUCCUCCAUCAGUAUAUGCUGUUCAUCUCCAGUUUAAUCUCCUUUACCAGUUUUGGAUACAUACAGAGGUAGUUAACACCCUUGGACCUCUGGAGCUGAUUCUUAAUACUCCCAGUCACCACAGAGUUCACCAUGGCAGAAAUCCUUACUGUAUUGACAAAAAUUAUGGUGGUACCCUCAUUAUUUGGGACAGAAUUUUUGGAACAUUUGUGGCAGAAAAUGAUAAAGUUAUAUAUGGCCUAACACACCCAAUAAAUACAUUUGAGCCUUUCAAGGUCCAGUUAUGUCACUUGGCUUAUAUAUGGAGCACGUUUUGGGCCACACCUGGAUUCAGUAAUAAACUCUCUGUAAUAUUCAAAGGCCCAGGUUGGGGACCAGGAAAACCUAGACUCGGCCUUCCUGAGGAAAUCCCAGUGAUCACUGGAAAAGAGGUUCCAUUCAAUCCCAAAUUGCCAAUAUAUCUUUCUGUCUAUGCAGUAGUACAUUUUGCCUUGAUGCUGGGCUUUUAUGUGGACCUGUUUGAGACCCAGGCUACAUUAUCACAGGUAACUCUUCUCCUGAGGAUUGGCUACAUUAUCCUGACAUUGACCUCCAUUGGAUUCCUUUUGGAGCAAAGGCCCAAAGCAGCUAGUUUGGAAGUCGUCCGCUGCUCAGUCUUUCUAGCUCUGCACAAACUUAGUUACCUGAAAAUAUACAUUGCUUCCUUGGCAUUUACUUACGAGAAACAUGUCCCUUCCUUUCCAUCACUCUCCACCUGCCUUGGGGAAGCUGUGUGUAUCUGGCGGAGCAGGAAGGAAGCAUCCCUUGUUCUUCCCAGAGAGUAA